AGAAAAUCGCUGAUCGCUUUGGAAAAAGAAGACGAGGAGGAGAGAAAUAAAACAAUCGAAAGUUUGAAGACUGCACUGCGGACAAAACCAAUGAGGUUUGUAACCCGGUUCAUCGACCUGGAUGGCUUGUCAUGUAUUCUGAACUUUCUCAAAAGCAUGGACUAUGAGACAGCGGAGUCUCGAAUACAUACCUCGCUCAUUGGAUGUAUAAAAGCACUAAUGAACAACUCCCUGGGCCGGGCUCACGUCCUGGCCCAUUCGGAGAGUAUUAACGUAAUUGCUCAGAGUCUGAGCACGGAGAAUAUUAAGACGAAGGUGGCAGUGCUGGAAAUCAUGGGCGCUGUGUGCCUGGUUCCCGGGGGCCACAAAAAGGUACUGGAGGCGAUGCUGCACUACCAGAAAUACGCCAGCGAACGAACUCGUUUUCAGACGCUGAUCAAUGACUUGGACAAGAGCACGGGGCGGUAUCGGGAUGAAGUAAACCUCAAGACAGCCAUCAUGUCCUUCAUCAACGCAGUCCUGAGCCAAGGGGCAGGCGUGGAAAGCCUGGAUUUCAGACUCCACCUGAGAUACGAAUUUCUCAUGCUUGGGAUCCAGCCAGUCAUUGAUAAACUGCGAGAGCAUGAAAAUUCAACCCUCGACCGGCACUUAGAUUUUUUUGAAAUGCUUAGAAAUGAAGAUGAAUUGGAAUUUGCCAAAAGAUUUGAGCUGGUCCACAUUGACACCAAAAGUGCGACUCAGAUGUUCGAGCUGACGAGGAAGAGGCUGACACACACCGAGGCGUACCCGCACUUUAUGUCUAUCCUGCACCACUGUCUCCAAAUGCCUUAUAAAAGAAGCGGCAACACUGUCCAGUACUGGCUGCUGCUCGACAGGAUCGUGCAGCAGAUCGUCAUCCAGAGUGACAAAGGGCAGGACCCUGACGCCACUCCCCUGGAAAACUUCAAUAUUAAAAACGUCGUCCGAAUGUUAGUCAAUGAAAAUGAAGUGAAACAGUGGAAAGAGCAAGCAGAAAAAAUGCGAAAAGAGCACACCGAGCUUCAGCAGAAGCUGGAGAAGAAAGAGCGAGAGUGCGACGCCAAGGCCCAGGAGAAGGAAGAAAUGAUGCAGACGCUGAACAAGAUGAAGGAGAAGCUGGAGAAGGAGUCCAGCGAGCACAAGCAGGUCAAGCAGCAGGUGGCAGAUCUCACGGCGCAGCUUCAUGAGAUGAGCAGGAGGGCGAUCUGUGCUGCCGGCCCCGGAGGACCUCCCUUGCCACCAGGAGCUCCUGGUGGCCCUUUACCUUCU